AUGGAGGAGCAAAUUUCGGCUUUGUCAAUGAAAAUCGAUCAAUGCAAAAAUUGCAAAGGAAGUGUUCGUCAUUUGAUCUUCAACCCUGUUGGACGCAGAAUGGCCAAGCAGUCAGUGCACCGAGAUGCGAUCAUCGACCCAUACAAGCGUGCCGUUUCGACUUUCAAAUCGCUCAAUUGUGCACUCUGUUCGACGCCGUACUCUAAAACGGCGAAUGAAGUAAAUACACCGACACAAACUUGGUGUUAUGAUAUUCAAACAGUGUGCAUGAAAUGUCAUGAAGAACAAGGAGCAAUAGCCCCAGUGAUUCGAGCACAUCAAUGCAAAGAUCACAAUUGUUUCCUUAUCAUGGCGCAUCCUUCAUAUUGCUUGAUGGAAUUACUCUCAAGUGGGUGCUUUACAUUGGAUCAAAAUUUGAUGGGAUACGUUCAAACAAAAUCAAUCACAAUUCCUGAGUGUCCGGUUUGUAAUGAAGAAUAUUCAAUCGAAAACUCACAAAGAGAACCAUUCAUCCUCCAAUGUGGCCACGGGAUAUGUAAUGGGUGUUUUGCUCAAAUGUCAAAACGAAAAACCAUAUCUUUCUUCAACUUCAAAUAUGUUCUCGAAUGUCCACAAUGCACACAAAACUGGACUUAUGCUCAAGAAUCAUGGGAGAAUCCAUUGAAAAUGUUGUUGCGAGAACUGUCGGAGAAACGACAAAUUGAAUUGAAAAGAACAUGUGGUGAUUGCAAAAAAGAGGCGCCUUUGCUUGAAAUGUUUCAAUGUAACGAUUGUGGAGAAGUAAUGCUUUGCUCUUUAUUUGGAGAGGUGAAGAAAUUGAUGAAUGCAACUUGUGAAGUGAUCACCCCGCAAAUUGAAGCUUAUGAUGUCUGUUUUCCCGAACUUCAAGCGGAUUUGAUUAAAAACAUCCACAAUUUUCAAGCGAAAGCUCUCGAAAAAGCCGGCAAAAUUGAGGGGUUAAAUUAUGAUCCAGCAGAGUACGAAAAGGCGGAUUGUUUAGCUAUUGCUGGGAAAUUUGAGGGGAUUUGUGAGAAAUAUUUGGGCGAUUUGCGAUCAUGCAACACUGGGAUUGAGAAGCUGCUCAGCAAAUUCGAUGAGACAAAAGAAACUUCA